UGGAUUACAGCCAUAGCGGAUAAUGGAGACGCAGACGCGCACAUUUGGCUGGUGAAUCGAGGAUCCGCAACACAGCAGCGCUGUGAAAACUUCUCCAAAGGGCUGUUAAUGAAAACCAGGCCAUGUUAGCCCUAAAAGCACUGGGUGUUUGUGAGCUGAGCCUGUGCUGUGCUUUCCUCUUGCUCCUGUAUGGAGUGCAGUCGGAUUCCAGUUUGACCAGUAAAACGUUGGAGCUGAUGUCUAAAUACCGACUGAUAGAUGGACACAAUGACCUCCCUUUGCAUCUCCGCAUGCUCCAGAAUAACAAACUCAGCCAGUUUAAUUUGUACAACAGCUCGAAAACAGCUACGGAUAUUACCCGGCUCAAAGCCGCUCAUUUUGGAGGACAGGUGUUUGCAGCAUAUGUGUUAUGUAAAGCACAGGACAUGGACGCAGUUAGAUUGACAUUGGAGCAGAUUGAUGUGAUACGACGUAUGUGCACCGAAUACCCGGAGCUGGAGCUGGCUACCACUGCUGCAGAAAUGAAAGCUACAAAGAAGAUAGCUUGUUUGAUCAGUGUGGAAGGAGGCCAUUCAAUUGAUAGCAGUCUUCCAGCUUUACGCAUGUUCUACCAACUUGGAGUGAGAUCUCUGACCCUCACACACACCUGCAACACACCUUGGGCAGAAACUGUUUCCCAAACUCACUCUUACUACAAAAGAGACAACAAUUCCUUGACAGAGUUCGGCAAGGCAGUAGUGCAUGAGAUGAACAGGCUAGGAAUGAUGGUUGAUCUGUCUCAUACUUCCUGGGCUACAGCACGAGCCGUACUCAAACUUUCCAAAGCUCCAGUCAUCUUCAGCCACUCUUCCGCCUAUGCUAUCUGUAACGACACACGCAACGUCCCUGAUGAUCUGCUUCUCAUGCUGAAAGCAAAUGGUGGGCUCAUCAUGGUAAACUUCUACAGUAAAUUUAUAUCCUGUGGGGCUCAAGCAACUGUCUCUCUUGUAGCUGACCAUUUUGACCAUCUUAAGCGUGUGAUAGGAGCAGAGAAUAUUGGAAUCGGUGGUGACUACGAUGGGGCCAGUGGGUUUCCUCAGGGUCUGGAGGAUGUGUCUAAAUACCCUGCUCUGAUUGAAGAACUAUUGCGGAGGAACUGGAGCGAGGAGGAACUGGCAGACGUGCUGAGGUUCAACUUCCUCCGAGUGUUUGAGGAAGUAGAGAAGAUACGUGAUGAACUGCGUGAUACUCUUCCAAGUGAGGUGGUAAUAUCCCUUGCAGAGGCCCAAAACAAGUGCCGUUUGGUGUUGGCGCAUCCAGGUAUCUCCAGAGAGAAGUCAUCUGGUAUGCGAGUGAGUUGUCUUUUAAGCUCAGGUGCUCUGUUUUGGACUAUUCUCUUUUUCCACUUUAUGCUGCUGCAUAAACCAGUAUAUCCGAACUGAUGUUGAAAAAGUGAUUCAUUAAAAAAGUCUCAAGACGUUAUUUGUCAAAAGGGCAUAUCUAGUUUGAGUGCUUUUAUAGUGAAGCAGUAUAACAAAGCAUUUCUGAAUGGAAGAUCUUGUUUAUACCCAGUUGAUUUAACUUCCGCUUUUCAGCAUUAUAUUGCCUGUUUAUCUGUGUGUCUGUAUUUUGGUUGUGUCUCUGUCUGCUACUUGUCUGUUACCUAAUGUGUGCACCUGUUACGAAUUCUUACUUUGCUCGUAAGUUCCUUCAUGUUCUGAACUUUACACUCAUACAGCUAUAGAUUUAACAUCCCAGCACAUUGUGGUUGUAGUGGGAAGUUAACACUCUUUACAUACAUAUCUAUGUUUCAGUAAAUUGAGGCUCAUAUCAACUUCUUUCAGGCUUACAACCAUGAUAACAAUAACAAACCUGAUACUAGUUGCUAGUAGAACUAUGGGUUUAAACUACUUCAGGAGGUGGUGUGACAUUUUAUCUAUAUCUAUAUAAUCUUACCAAGCCACAUUUGACAGCCAGACCGCUCUUAUUAGGUGAUAGACAAGCUUCAUUAAUGCUGAAGUUAUGUUAAUGUUAGCUAGAUUAAAGCACCCUGAUGCAAUCAUGAGGUAAAACAAGGAACAACACAGCCAGCUGGUAUGCAAAUGUAUUUACCUAAUUUGUAUAGUAGCGUCAAUACAGCUAUCAGAUUUCAGACUGUCUGACCUGAGACACAUUUCAAUACAGGUUUAAAUGCAUGUGGUUAUAGUUUUAUCAUAAUACAAAACCACAUGAAAUAACCAGGUGCUAAAAGGACUAAGCUGAGGCAAAAGAAUUCCUUUAAUUUCUGGGAAUUUCAUUAAUGCCUUUUUGUCUACCUUUAGGCUCUUGCUCAGGUUUUGGUAUCACACAUGAAUUCAGUUUUCUGUCAGCUUCCAAUAGCAUUAAUAGUUUGCAUAUACUGUAUAUAUUGAAAUAACUGCACUCAUUUUGGCACAAAUAUUGGUUUAAAUCCACUGUAGUCAUGCAUCCAGCAUGCUUUACACACAAGUAUCUGUUUUGUUGUCAUUAUUUAAAGAGUCAUGGACAGCAGAACUGUGAGCUUUUCACUUUCUAAUAAUAAUUGAGAAUUUUACAUUAAACUUAUUUAUAAAUUGUAAGACUUACAAUGAAGAAUUACACUUAGUAAUUAAGUAAUUAAUAACAAUAAUAAUGCCAAAUUUUCAUUUUUCAAUUUUCAUAAUGUCUCAUUUUCUGUUUUUUAAUGUUUUAUUUUAUAAUGGCAUGCAUAGUAUACAACGUCAAGUUUGGACACACCUUCUAAUUCCAUGGUCUUUCCUGAUGUUUAUUUCUUUCUACAUUGUAAAACAAUGCUGAAGGCGGCUGAAAUACACAAUAAUGUCCUUUGAACAGUUGAUAUUGAGAUAUGUCUGCUACUGAUGCUCUGUAAAGCCUUCAUAACGGCUCUAACCUGAGGUGUUAAUUGGUGAUUUCUGAGGCUGGUCACUCUAAAUGAACUUCUCCUCUGCAGCAGAGGUAAGUUUUGGUCUUGCUUUACUGGGAUGGUCUUCAUGUGAGCCAGUUUCAUCAUGGUGCUUGAUGGGUUAUGCAACUGCACUUGACAAUACUGUUCUUGCAAGAACUAUUCCAGAACACCUGACCUUCGUGUCUUAAAAUAACAACUGACUGUUGUUUUUUGUUGUCAUUACAUAUGGAUUACUUAAGUCCAUGUGUGUUAUUUCAUAGUUUUGAAAUCUCCAGUAUUGUUAUAUAUAUAUAUAUAUAUAUAUAUAGGAUUUUGAUUAUUAUUUCUACUAUAAACUUUACUCAUUUCUAUGAUCCUUGCACUGAAAACCUGUUGUUACUACUGUGAGCUAUUUCUUAGCAUAGCAGUAUCCAUGUAUUCUGUUAUUAAGAUGUAAUAUUGUCAUUUAUUUCAUACUAAAGCACUUCAUUGUUACUUUUUAAUUAUUUAUAUUACAUCUUUUUGUUAUUUACCUAAUGUUAUGUAAUAUAUAUAUAUACUACUGCUCAAACGUUUGGGAUCGCUUGUAUAUUUCAGCUUGAUAUGUGCUAUGGAGGAAGACUCCAUCAGCCAAUCCAUCUUGUGGGAGAUGCUCCAGGAAGCUAGAAUGCCCAGGCUAUAAUUGCUGUUUGAAGAACAGCAUCAUUUCCAUCAAAAUCAUUAUUUCUAGCUCUGACACAUCAACAUAUACUGUUCUUUUGCUAUAUUUUCUAUUCAGACUAAUUUUGUGUGUUUCCUUGGGAAACAAUAAACUUUUUGAAAAAAAAUUGAGUGAUCCCAAACUUUUGAGUUCAGUGGUAGUAUACUAAUCAAGCAUAAAAUUAUGACCACCCUGGAGUGGACUGUGGACUUUGACAAUUUAUUUGGCUGUAAGACAAAUAAAAUAGUACAGGACAUGCCGCAGUAGAAGAACAGUCCACUUUAUAAUAAUUUGAAUUAUGCUUUAUAUUUUAUUUCUUGUAUAUCUUUGCUGUAUGUUUUGUUUCCUGUGCUUUUAAAAUGGCUACUCCUUCAAAAAAGAGCAGCUAUAAGAUGGUUAUAAAUUAUGAUUUAAGAGUAAUACAGUACUAAGCAAGACCUGUGCAUGAUAGAUGUAUAUAAACUUGCUGGAUGGUGAAUCACGAGUCUCUGGUUUGUGAGUGUUCUGCUUUUUGUAUCACAGAAUUGUCUCUAUCCAGGUUAGGUUUGCAUUAAUACAAGCAAAUCAAGCAUCAAGACAAGUGAACAGAGUUGAAUUUUAUAAUUUCUCUUACUUUUUUUUUUCAUGUUUUUCAUUUUCACUUUUACAUACAUAUUUAUCUGUACAGUUACUGUGGCCCUAAAAAAAUGUGUAUCAGUUACAGUCAUUGUGAGUUGUGUGGAGGCCUAAGUAUGAAACAAGCCUCAUCUUUUAAUUUACAAGCUUUAUAUUUCUUUGAAAUGUUCAAACGUCUAGUACAAAAAGUCAUAAGUUAUAAAAUCAUUUCAUGUUUUCACCCAAAAUCAUGAAUAAACUCAAUUCUCUUUCUUUGACCAUUAUCUACAACCUGGUGCUCUCAAAGCAAUGGGGAGUAAAAGCAAAUAAAUAAGGAAAUAAAUAAAAAAAAACAUCAACUUUUCAAUCUACUCCAAGUAAAAUUUUUGUUUGGACUAAAGCUCAUUGGAAAAAAAAAAUCUUACAGAAACACAAAUACAAUACAGAUGUGUCUGCAGCUGCUCUGAAUUAACUUUAUAUAACAUUAUAACAUAUUAUACCAUUCCUCAUAAGAUUGUUGUAUUUCUCUGUGCACACUAUUAACACUUCCUGUUUACUGUGUACUUCUGCCCACAGUAUUUAACCACAAAUGCUUUAAGAUGGUGUUUCUGUUUCUAACGAGAAGCAGAUGAGCUGGCUUCAGUCUUUCAAGUAAACAUAUUUUGUUUCUUAUCAGCUGAAAUACACUUUAGUGCAGAUUUGGGUCUUUACCAGGAAUGUGUCUGCUAUUGCUCAAUGCACUGUGGAGUGUGUUGAACUUUAAAUUAUUGCCCGCCUGGAGCCAAAUAAGCAGUAAACAAUGAGCCAUAGUGUUGCAUUAUUAAACUAGUAAAAUAAGAAUCUGGCCCUGCAAUCAAAAUAUCUAA